AUGUCGACCCUCGCCGAGAACCGCGCGCGGUCCGGGUCCAUCUACCUCGAGAACAAGGUCGCCGUCGUCACGGGCGGCACGGGCGUGCUGGGCACGGCGUUCUGCGAGGGCCUCGCGCUCGAGGGCGCGCACGUCGUCGUCGUCGGCCGGCGCGCCGACGUCGCCGAGGCGCUGGCCCUGCGCCUGGAGCGGACCUACGGCCGCGAGGCCCUGGCCGCGCCCGCGGACGUGCUCGACCAGCUCUCGCUCGUGCGCUGCCGCGACAAGAUCAUGGAGAAGUUCGGCCGCAUCGACGUGCUCGUGAACGGCGCCGGCGGCAACCAGAAGGGCGCCACCGUCUCGCCCGACGGCUCCUUCUUCGAGGUGCCGCGCGCGGCCAUCGAGGGCGUCUUCGAGCUCAACAUCACGGGGACGAUGCUGCCCACGCAGAUCUUCGGCGAGGUCAUGGCGCGCCAGGGCUCCGGGUCCAUCAUCAACGUGUCGAGCAUCUCGUCGACGUCCCCGCUGACGCGCGUCGUCGGCUACUCGGCCGCGAAGGCCGGCGUCGAGAACUUCACGAAGUGGCUCGCCGUCGAGCUCGCGCGGAAGCACGGCAACCGCAUCCGCGUCAACGCGCUCCAGCCGGGCUUCUUCCUCGCGGAGCAGAACCGGGCGCUCCUCACGAACGCCGACGGCUCGCUCACGGCCCGCGGCCAGACCAUCAUCGACCACACGCCCCUCGGCCGCUUCGGCGAGCCCAAGGAGCUGAUCCCCGCGCUGACCUUCCUCGCCUCGGACCAGUCCUCCUUCGUCACGGGGUCCAUCCUUACCGUCGACGGCGGCUUCUCCGCCUUCUCCGGCGUCUGA